AUGGAGCCAGAUCCCAAAUUAUUGUCUCUUCUAGAAAAAGUUAAUAACCCUAUAGAAAAGCUUACCAUUCAUUUGACAAUUAAAGGUGUUUAUGGAUUUACAGAUGAUUGGAGGAUCACUGAUGAGACCAAUCCGGCGAUAUUUGCAAAUGUGAUUCGAUACAAAGGAGAGGAUAUGUUUGGGAAAAUAAGACCCAGAGAACAGACGGAGAAGGAGAAAUAUGAGGAGUAUCAGAAGAAUAGCAAGAAGAACAAAAAGGACUCUAAAAGUCCAGAAGAAGAAGAGGCCAUGAAGAAGGCCAUUGCUUAAGAAGAAGAGGAAGAAUUGUAAAAAUAGUAGCAUUUAGAAACCUUAUCUGAGUAAGAAAAGUUGUUUUUCAUUUCAGAAGAUAAAUUCAAAACUGCCAGCAUCUAAUAUGAGGAAACACAUUCAAUUGACAUUACUAAUGUUAGAUAAUUGGAGGAAGAGAUUUUAGAAUAAAGAAACACUAUUCAAUUCAUUAGACAACCAGCUGUGACAGAAGAGGAAUUAGUUAAAUUGAAGAAGGGUAAGACUAAGAAUUUGAAUAAUGCUGAAUUGACUUAGAUUAUUUUCAAGGGAGUGUUUGAUUUAGCUGAUCUAUUAGAACCUGGAUGUACUCACACUAUAGUGAGAGUAUUUUUAAAAUAAGAAGAAGGUUCUGAUUGUCCAAAGUAUAACUGUGAUAAAUUGUAUAUGAAAAUUGAAGUAAACACAGACCCAGCAUUAACACCAUUAGUUGAAGAUGUACCAUCGCUCUAUAUAGAACCUGUUAUUAUACAAAAGAUACCUAGCAAAUUUGAAUGUGUAUGGCAAUUCAAGAAGGAUAUCAAGGAAGCCAUGAAGUCUCUUGAAGAGGAAUACAGCAAAUUAUAUUAAAGUGAUUAAAAAGCUAAGACUUAACCCAUGAUUAGCAUGACUCAUCAGAGGUGGCUAGAAUUGACUAAGAAAAAAGAAUCUUUUCUUAAUGAAAUGAACACCUCUGGCAAGUACAAUAUCUUACAAGAGAGACUACGAUCUUCUAUUAUAAGAGUUUGUAUUGACAAGUUCGCCAAGGAAGGGUUGUUUGUUGGAGUUAAUAAGGAUGAACAGGAUAGAUUAUUUGCUGAAUUGUAUGUCUUUAUGAUGGAAUAAAUGCAAACCACUCUAGGAGAAUACAUACAAAACAAUAAGGAAGAUGACAUUCACGAAGAUUUGGUCUUAACUUUUGAAUAGAAUAUCAGGGAAAGAGAUAGAGUGUUCAAAAGACUCAAAGAGUCUCAAUUAGAAAAAUUCCAAAGAUUGGCCAAAGAAUACGAAACUAUUAAUUAAGUGAGCUAAGCACUCAAAUACUACACUAACAUGGUCUUGGUCGAUAAAACAUCAGCCUCAGCUUUUGCCAAAUAUUGUCUCAAAAUACAGAGGUUUAAGGCAGCUGAGCAAUUAAUCUAAAUGGUAAGAGAUGUGGAAUGGAAUAAGGAAAAUGAAUUACUAAUGGCUUGUCUCUAUAUUCGAAGAGAGAGAUUUAAGGAAGCUACUUAAAUCUUAAAGGAAUUAUUGCAAAAAGAACCUAUUAACACAUUAAUUAACUUGCUAAUGUCAUUCAUCUAUAGGCAGCAGGGGAAUGACAAUAUGGCUGAUAAGUAUUUAAGAUGCACUCAAAGAAUAUUCAUGAGAACAAUGGGUUUAUUGACUAAAGGAUUUGCAAAAUAAUAGCCUGAUCCUCAUCUUUUGCCUAAUUUCAAGUAACAAAUGAUUGAGUAAUAAGAGAAGGCUAAAAAGGCACCAGUAUUAACCUAAGAAUAAAUUGAUUCAAUUCAAUUAGAAUUAAUUGAAUAUUUUGCAUCUAGGAAUUUAUUUGAUUUAGCUGAAAAAGCAUUGGUUUCAAUCAAGGACAAGACAACUCAAAAGAUAAAUAUAAUCAAAGCUCAAAUUCAUAUUUUUAAUGAGAAUUAUCCUGAAGCAUUAACCUUGAUUUAGAAGUUAUUAACUUAAAAUUCCAGAUUCUAUGAUGUGUAUUUGAUUAAGGGAUCGUUAUGCUUUUAGACAGAAUAAUUUUAUGAAGCUGAAGAAACCUUCUUAAAGGCACUUUCGAUAUAGUCAAAGAGAUCGUUUGAUAUCCAAUUGAGAUUAGGGUACUUGUAUUUGAAGAGGAAAUCGUGGCAAGAUGCUAAGGUGAUUUUUGAGAAGGCUUUAGAUCAAUAACCGAAUAGUUCUUUAUCAUGGUUGGGAUUGGGAAUAGCAAAUUUAAGAUUGUGUGAUCCAAUCGCUGAAGAAUGUCUUUGCUAAGCGAAUAUCUAUGAGCCUUUCAAUGGGGAAGUUUGGGGAUAUUUGGCAUUGAAUUGCUUAUUGUAGAAGAGAGGACAACAAGCAAAGUAAUGUUUGUAACGCAUGGAAUAAACUGAGGUUUAUGAUUUGGAUUUGUUGCUUGAAUUAGCUGAGGAGAUGUCGUUGUGUUUCGAUUAUGAAAGUUGUCGAUCGAUUUUGAUGAGAGUUUAUGAAUCAAAGAUAGCAAUUUCGAACAUGGGAAAGUUGUUGAUGAACUUGGGUUAAGUGCAUUCAUAAUUAGGGAGAAAUGAGGAGGCCAAACAGUAUUAUAUUGAGUCAUUGAAGUAUUUGGAGAGCGUAAACGAGAAAGAAAAGGUAAAUUCUGAAAUCAAGAUAUUAUGA